UGUUGUGCCCAGUGGCUCAAGACCCCACAGAGACCACCAGAGACCACGAUCAAAGCAAGCAACAAAGAGUCAUUUAUUAGCAAGCUCCAACCUGGUCCUCCUUGCACUCGGUAACCGGUGCGGGAACAGGCUCAUCGUGAAGUCGGGGUGAUCUCUCCAGCUGCUGGCCCUUUUGACACUCUCUACGCCCCUGCCGGGAGGCCGUGGGAAACGCCGAGGCUGCAGGAACCACCUCUUGAAACUUACAGGGUGCGGAGGAGGUGACCAGAGCUGGGGCUGAGAGGGACCAUCGCGUGUUGCAACUGGCAUUCCUGGCAUCCGGGGCUGCGGGUAAAGGCUGGCGACAGGGCUGGGUUGCGAGUUGCUCUCACUUUCUGCAGCAGGUGGCCGAGAGCCAGCUCCGAGAGUGGAACUUCUCCUAGAUAUUUUAGAGACUGCAAGGCCGGCGUGUUUACCUGUGAGCCAUUAUACCUGCCCAUGAGUCCUUGAGUCCUUGAGAUCUGUAUAAUGUCCCUUUGUGCUUCUUACAAGGAGUUUUCUCAGCUGCUGCCUGUUUAAGACAUGGAUAUUAAAAACUCACCACCUAGACUUAACGCUCCUGCCUCCUACAACUGCAGUCAAUCAGUCCUGCCCCUGGAGCAUGGCCCCAUAUACAUCCCUUCCUCCUAUGUAGACAGCCAUCAUGAAUAUUCGGCCGUGACGUUCUACAGCCCUGCUGUGAUACAUUACGGUAUCUCCAGCACUGCAGACAACUCAGGAGGUGGGCCUGGUCCACAGACCGCAAGCCCAAAUGUGUUGUGGCCGACUCCUGGGCACCUCUCUCCUUUAGCAAUUCAUUGUCAGCCAUCACUUCUGUAUGCAGAGCCUCAGAAGAGUUCUUGGUGUGAGGCAAGAUCGCUGGAACACCCCUCACCUGUAAACAGAGAGACACUGAAAAGGAAGGUUAGUGUGAGCCAUUGCACCAGCCCUGUUACUAGUCCAAGUUCAAAAAGGGAUGCUCACUUCUGUGCGGUCUGCAGCGAUUAUGCAUCUGGAUAUCACUAUGGAGUCUGGUCGUGUGAAGGAUGUAAGGCCUUUUUUAAAAGAAGCAUUCAAGGGCAUAAUGAUUAUAUUUGUCCAGCUACAAAUCAGUGUACCAUAGAUAAGAACCGGCGUAAAAGCUGCCAGGCCUGCCGACUUCGGAAGUGCUAUGAAGUAGGAAUGGUGAAAUGUGGCUCCCGGAGAGAAAGGUGUGGGUACCACAUGGCGAGACGACAGAAAAGCUCCAGCGAGCAGCUGCAUUGCCUGAGCAAAGCCAAGAAAAAUGGUGGACACCCGCUGCGAGCAAAGGAGCUGCUGCUGAGUGCCCUGAGCCCGGAGCAGCUGGUGCUCACCCUCCUCGAGGCGGAGCCACCCAACGUGCUGGUGAGCCGCCCCAGCACACCCUUCACGGAGGUCUCCAUGAUGAUGUCCCUCACCAAGCUGGCCGACAAGGAGCUGGUGCACAUGAUCGGCUGGGCCAAGAAAAUUCCCGGCUUUGUGGAGCUCAGCCUGUUGGACCAGGUGCAGCUCCUGGAGAGCUGCUGGAUGGAGGUGCUGAUGGUGGGGCUGAUGUGGCGCUCAAUCGACCACCCCGGCAAGCUCAUCUUUGCUCCAGACCUCGUUCUGGACAGGUCAUCAGAAGACCCUCAUUCGCACGUUGCGCAGAUGAAGAGCGGUGCCCCAAGGGAUGAGGGGAAAUGCGUAGAAGGAAUCCUGGAAAUCUUUGACAUGCUGCUGGCAACAACUUCAAGGUUUCGUGAGUUGAAACUCCAGCACAAAGAGUAUCUCUGUGUCAAGGCCAUGAUCCUCCUCAACUCCAGUAUGUACCCUUCGGCCGCCGCAGGCCCGGAGGCGGAGAGCAGCCGGAAGCUGAGUCAGCUGCUGAACGCCGUGACGGACGCCCUGGUCUGGGUGAUCGCCAGGAGCGGCCUCCCCGCCCAGCAGCAGUCGCUGCGCCUGGCUAAUCUGCUGAUGCUCCUCUCUCACGUCAGGCACGUCAGUAACAAGGGCAUGGAACAUCUACUCAGCAUGAAGUGCAAACACGUGGUCCCCGUGUAUGACCUGCUGCUGGAGAUGCUGAAUGCCCACACGCUCCGCGGGUACAAGUCCUCCGUCUCGGGGUCUGAGUGCAGCUCCGCAGAGGACAGUAAGAGCAAAGAGGGCUCCCAGAACCCACAGUCUCCGUGAUGCCUGGCCCUGGGGUGAACGGGCCCACAGGGGUCAAAGUCAGAAGCACGAACUCCAGCAGGUCGGGAGCCUGGCCUUCACCACCCUUCCGCGGAGAGGCCUCCAUCCGGGUAUGGCAGCCUUGGCCAUGUUUGGUCCUCCCCCCACCUUCCACGUGUCAGGAGUCAGGGUGAGAAAGUUAAGUUUUCCUUGUACUGGGGGCACGUGAACAGAGUCCCAUGCUGCAUGGCCUCACAGGAUCUCCUGUGGUCCCUUUCUUAUUUUCCAUCUCCCUUCUACCCCUUUGGGAAAUAUCUUAAAGGUCUUGGAAUGAAUGGUGUAAAUCUGACCUGAAAGUAUUGCAAAUUAAAGGACAGAAUGUGACACAUGGGUAGGAAGUGGAGUAACCCUUACUGCAGUCCCUUUAGAGUGGAACUCGGGCCACUCUCUUCUGGACCAUUUGAUGAUACCAUCAAAAACUAUAAUGGCAAUCAGUUAACUAGCUUCACAUACCUACCUCACAGGCCUGUGAGGACUGAUGUCAUGUUCUUAUGUUCUGUUAAAGGCCAGGACAGUGGUCAAGCUGGCAUGUGAGCCACGCUCUUCCUCCCAGACCUCGUUGUUCUCUUUGCACAGAUCUGUCCUUCGAGUCACAAUCACGGAGCACACCGACUUUUUGGUGUGUGUGACCACUUUCAUGGAGGUUUGUGGCAGAUUCAAAUUUCUCUGCCCUGGGCUGGGGCUAUAGGUCAGUUGGUAGAGUACUUGCCUCGCAUGCACAAGGCCCGGUGUUCAAUCCCCAGCACCACCCAAAAAAUAAAUAAAUAAAAUUUCUCUGGACCUUCUUGAAACUGUUGUCUCAGUGGGCCUAGCACGUGUGCUGCAGAAAGACCUUGUGUGUGCAGGAAUGGGAUUCUCUCUUGUGGGUGUGGGUUUUAGCCACAGAUCUUCCCAGGGUGCUGUGAAUGCGGUUUCCAUCUUACAUAGCAGGGGUGGCAGCCAUAACUGCCACAUCAACCACCCGGGAGACACAGGGACAAGAUGGGUUACAGACGCGCAUGGCCACAGAAAGG